UUUUUAUACAGGUGCUAAUCAAAAACAGCAAGUGAUUAUUGCAAUGACGUCUUUUUGAGUUUAUUGAAUUUUGAGAUUUGUGUUUUGCUAUAAACACAUUUGGGUUUGUCUUUUAUGAUCAACUGUUCAUUUAUAUGACAAAUACAGGAAUUUGUAGAGUAUCAUUACGACGACGCACACUGGAGUAUUUUACCUGCGAGACACAAAUAUUAACACUUAACAUUCAUCAAUUGAUUAUAUUGAACAAUUUAAUUAUAUUCCUAAACCUUUGAAUGAUAAAACGAUACUGGGGGGUACUAUUGACGGUUUGAAAAGAUUUGUGUGAACAGUUUGAGAGAGAAUAAUUGAGAUAUAUCGCUGUGCUAUUGUACUGAUUGGAUCAAAUAAAAAUACAUCAGGAUUUGUGAUACAUAUAAACACAUCGACACUGCCAUCAUUGAUUUAUACCAGCAGGUUUUAGAAUUAGUUUUUACGCUAAUCACGUUGACUUUGGCAGUUAGGUUCGAGGUGAAGGAGAAAUAAAACAAUAAUUGGAGAGUUGGCUCAAAAAUCUAAAAACUGGCAAGAUGUGGCGUAUAGCAGAAAGGUUAUUUUUUAUUUACAAUGAAGACAUAAUAUGUUUAAUAACAUCUCACUGACAAAUAUGGCAGGAACUUCAUGACUUGCCAAAUUUAACAGUUUUCUAUGAAGCAAUUAACUGAAUUGCCAACAAUAACAUUCCGAACAUGACAAGAAUCGCUUUCUCUAAAUCUAAAUCUCAGAAAUAAUCAUAGAAUCUGACAGCCAAGGAGGAGAUGUACAAUGAACUGCAUGGACUUGUACAAAUUGUAUAAGUGACUUGAUGGAUGUGAAUUUUAAAGCUGGGAUAUAAAAGCUUGAUUACUCCUGGGUUUUAUCCCCCUGAGCCAAUAUAUCUCAGAAUAUUCCUUGUUAGUUAAGACGGUCUUAUACCAAGCACACCAAGAUGGACUAUUUAAUCAUAGUCUAUGUGACUGUGCCCCUCAUCAUUGUCGCUCUUCUCAUUGUUCUGGUGUAUAUUUGCUGCUCGAAAAAAUACAAACUAAACUGGUUUGAACGUAACCUAUUGGAGGAACAAGAAGAACAAGCAUACAUUGCUAACACUGGCUACAUACAAACAGACGGGCUCUCCAGUGCUGUCAAAGCGAAAAAAUAUAAACCGAUGCCAUUGAAACACCAGGACGAGAUCACAAUUGAGUCAGAGGACAGUGAGAGCUCAGAUUCUGAUUAUGGACCAAAAUAUAAGGUGAUUGAACAGAACACGCCCAUUCACUCCAUCACUAGUGUAAAGAGUAUCCGUAGCAACAGAGGAAGCACAAAAAGUGCAGGGGCAAGAUCUGGUCUAUCAGAGGAUACAACUACCACUUCUCGUAGCAUUGGGGCACGAUCUUCCAUCUCUGAAGAGACACCCCGGGGUAGUGUACGUAGUUCAGGAGCAAGGUCAUCAAUCUCCGAUGAUUCGUCAUAUUCAUCACCAACGAAUCGAUGCAAACAACGUGCCAAGAGUCUUAUUCCUGGGUUCCUUGGGCAGAAUCAUGAUUUUGAAGGUAGUAUAUACACACCCCCUCCUUCGGGUAGAUCCUCUGUUUCUACAGAGUUCACGUUCAACUUGCCCGCGACGCAGGAGAAACUCCCAGAGUCGGUGCAGCUACAAAAUAUGUCCCAACAGGUGGCACCACGUGCUAGUGGAAGACGACGUGCAUCCAUGCAGGAUGCCAUUGAUUUCACAAAAAUUGACUUCUCUUUGUAUGAUAAAAAUGACAUCCCAACACAAAGUUCCUUUGGAAGUAUCCCAGAAGAGAAUUUGGGUUCUGUUAACUUCUCAUUGAGUUAUGAUGUGGAGACGGGUCUCCUUGCAGUCCACUUGAUCCAAGCUCGGGAACUGGUUGCCAAGGAAACAGCACACACUGGCGACCCCUAUUGUACAUUAUCAAUCUUACCUGAUAAAAGAACUUGUGUUAAAAGUAAAGUGCAGAAAAAGACUCGAAAUCCAAUGUUCGAUGAAGAAUUUAUUUUUGACAUUCAUCCAAAGGAGAUGAAAAACAAAACAUUUGAGAUCUUGUUCUAUGACUACGAUCAGUUUUCCCAACAUGACGUCAUGGGACAAGUUCACUUGGCCUUGAAGAAUAUAGAUCUGAAUGAGAAAGUGACACUGUGGAAAGGAAUUUCAGCAUAUACUGACAAUCUCAGGGAAAAGGGGUGCCAAGAAUUGGGUGACGUUUUAUUCUCGCUAGCCUACCUAUCUACUGCAGAGAGGUUAACAGUUGUCAUCCACAAGGCAAGAAAUCUCAAACAAGAUGAUGGGAAAUCCCCAGAUACAUAUGCUAAGGUGUCUCUCAUUUAUGCUGGGAGACGUCUCAAGAAGAAAAAGACCUCGACCAAGCGUAAUACAAUCCACCCUGUAUGGAAUGAAGCUUUGACAUUUAGCCUCGGGAAUGAAUUCCUAAAUAACAUAAAUAUUGAAGUUGAAAUCAUUAACGAUAAUUUUGUUGGAAAUAGAGACACUAUUGGCCAUGUAAUACUAGGCCCAGAGUCGUCUGGAGACGAGCAUGCUCAUUGGACAGACAUGACGGCCAAUAAGAGUGCAAUCGCUCGGUGGCAUCAAUUGUAUCGAAGUGACAGGUAGCUACAUAGAGAACAUAUAUAGGCAUUAUACAAUAUAUAAAAAAUGAGUGUUUUGUACAUUCAUCGGAGGAUGUGAGUUUCAGUUAGAUGCUGGACAUUGUGUAGGUUAUGAUUAAAGUGAGCGAGGCUUUCAUCUUAAUGUGCUAGGCAUGUACUAUGUACUAGGCUAUGAUCAGAAUGAAUUAGCUCUUCAUGUUUUAUGUUAUGAUCAAAAUGAGCUAGGCUAUAUCAAUGAGCUAGGCUAUAUCA